AACUGGUCGAAAAAGUGAACGAGAGGUUUCUGAUUAUGGAACUUAAUUCAUUAAUUUCGAAUAAGUUAGUAGUUAUUUCGUAUAAAUAAGUGUGUGAUUAACAUUCUUAUAUUAUACAACCUUUGGAAUAAGGAAAAAAAUUAGAGCGAAGAUAAAAGAAAAGAGAAAGCGAGAAGGAGGGAGAGAGAGAGAGAGAAAACGUGUAAAAAGUGUGAGAGAGAAGGAAGCAGAAAUACUUUUUGUGGAAGAAUCAUAAGGAGAGCAAGGAGAAAACAUCACAGUCGAGAAUACAUUGUUAAUUUUUCUUUCACCGUUCAACAAUUGCAACUUUUCAUAUUCUUUUCUACAAAAAUCAAAUUCACGAACUAUGGCAUCCAAUUCUAAUAAUCACAGAGGUACGAGUGGUGGAAUACAGAUCGGUUCAGCUUGGUUUCAACGGAAAAUCAAUUUAAGACCUCAGCACAGAGGUGUCCAUUUAGUAACAGAAGAAAUUCUUAGACAAAUGCCUGAAAUAGGACAGUUUUCAGUUGGAUUAUGCCAUGUACAAAUACUUCACACAUCUGCCAGUCUAGCAUUAAACGAAAGCUGGGAUCCUGAUGUUAGAGAUGAUAUGGAAAUGAUGCUAAAUAAAAUUGUACCGGAAGGAUUACCUUAUCGCCAUUCAUGUGAAGGACCUGAUGAUAUGCCGGCACAUGUUAAAGCAUGCUUUCUUGGCAGUUCAUUGACAAUCCCAAUCACUGAUGGAAAAUUAUCCCUCGGAACAUGGCAAGGUGUAUGGCUUUGCGAGCAUCGAGAUCAUGCAGGGUCACGAAAGCUUGUGAUAACAUUAUCCGGUUGUCCACGCGAUUCAGCGCGUAGCCCUUUAUCACCAGUAUCACCAAUUGCUAGCACAUCAAGUUAGGGACGGUCACGUUCAGCUCGCGGCGAGAUAAGUCGGUAAUCUCGGGCUGAACGUCAUAGAUAUUUAUUGUGAUGAAUCGCAAAAACAUGUUAUGAUGAUAACAAUACUUAAUGUUAUUAUAUGAAAACCAUCUGGAAUGUCCGCUUAAAAAUGUAGUAGGAAGAAUGAGCAUGCCAUACGGAAACGUAAAAGAUGAAUGCUAAAAUAUAUUCAAAAAAAGUGAAACUAUACACAAUAACAAUAAUUAUUGAUAAAGGUACGGUUAUUAAUGGUGACGACACGGUAAUAAUCAAAACAAUUAAUUAUUUUAAAAUGUAUAAACGAACGUUGGGAUUAUCCGCCGACAUGCAGAUAUUGCCCAACAUCGAUGAAGAUACACAAGUAAACUUAAAACGUAGUUAAAGAACUUUGUAAAAAAAGGAGUUUAGUGUUGACGACAUUCGCAAAUUUUACAGUCAACUUGAAAUAUAAAAGAAACUUUCUUUUUUUUUGUAAUCAAUUCCCAUUAGCAUUAAGCUUAAUAAAAAUGACCUUUUGAAUUUAAAAUCGUUGAAGAAAUUUGACAUUAAACUUUGCAUUUUACUGUCAAAAAUUUAGCAAAAAAAUUUCUCUCUUCAACUGAUAAAAGAGAGAUUCCCUUUUUGAUAAAAAAUGUCGAUGAAAGAGGAAGCUUAUUAUUUUGAACGAUGAAUAUGAUAAAAGUAAUAAAGAUAUUGUUAAGAAAUAUAAAAAAAAGAAGACAUCAGUGAUUAACACUAAAACGGAAUGAAAGACGUGGAGUGGAUGGUUGUAGGGAUACUAUAUGCUUUUGUUUUCUGAAAAAUAAAAUAGAAAUCAACAAAAAUUUUGGAACAAAAAACUUAUUAGCUAGCGUAUUUAUGGAAUGAAUGAUUUCUUCAUAAACUCAUUAAAAGUUGUCUAAUGCCUGAAUUUCGAAGCAUAAGAUAAAAUAAAUAUUAAAUCACAUCAUGAAUUUAUCGUUGAUAGUAAUGAUGACGAUAUGCAAGAAUAAAAAUGAAUAAAUUUUUAAAUAAUGUCUCCUCAAAAGCACAAAUUUGCACGAUAUUUGUUAUUUGGAUUUUUUUUUCUGUGAAGCGUAGGAAAGAACGUACCUGCUUGGGAAUGCCUUCCUUAAUUAUGAUUCUAUUGUCAAAUAUUGAUUGAAAUCUUAAUUUCCUGCUAUUUAUGUAAUUCAUUCAAUUUAAAUCUGAUCUUCUAUGUAAAGUCUCGUCUAUACAAAAUUUCAAAAUGAACGAUACAAAUUUGUAUACGACAUCAAACAAUUAUGAAUGCAUUCUCAUGCAACGCUCAAGCCUAACGCGCAUAAAGCUUUACACUUUCAAAAUAAUAUGAAAAUUCCUUUUCUGUCCAAUUCACUCAAAUAUUAACAGCAUACAUAAAAGUGUCGAUGAAUUUAUUUACUAUAAAGGAACGUUAUCGACUGAUGCGGUUUGAGAAUGAAGUAAUUAAGAAAAAGUCCAUCAAUGUAUUCGUUACUCAAUAGUGUUUUUCAAAGUGAAAAUUUAUACUCAUUUUGUAUUUGUGACGACAAAAAUGAUCCUAUUUUCUAUAAAUGAAAUAAAAAGGAACAUUAAUCGUAUGAGUAAUAUCUAACUUUUAACGAAAAGGAAUAUUUUUGUAUAUAAAGCAAAUAUGAAACAAAUAAAGAAACUAUUCACGUAGAUUAUAUUUAUUUCAAGAACGACAGUUAUUGUUUUAAAAUCACAAGAAAUAUUAUUUUUAUUGCUUUUUCUUUCAAAUCAAAGGUAAAAUUAAAAAAAUAUAUAUAAAAAAUAGACGAAGAGAGUAGAAUAGACGCUUCAAGAAAAGUAUUAAUCGCUGAAGAAAUCUAUGAUUCAGAUUUAGUGAAAAUCAGUGAAAAAUACAGUGAAAAACUAUAAUAAUUUAGAAAAGCUAUUUAAGUCCAGCCAGAUAGUAGCAAAUACAAUGAACAUCGAUUUUCCUAAUAUUUGUCUAGUUAAAGCUUCAACUUUUUUGAAAUGUCCGUUUAACUUAAUAGGUUCUCACUUUGAUUUAAUCUUCAUCCUAUACUCAUAAUUUAUACAUUAAAACUGUGGAUAAUUGAAUUUAAUAUAAAAAUUUAGGAGUGAAUUUUUUAAAAGCACUGAAAGCUAAACGAUAAUUCAAUUCGAGUAUUAAUUAUAUUGCGUGAUUUAUAAGAUUGAUAAAGAAAUAUACUUAUAAUUAAUAUUUCUCAAGUUCCACAAAUCAUUAAAUGUUUUUAUAUUUUGAUCCAUAACGCUAAAAAUAUCUGUUAAAAGUUUACUCUCAUUGUUUAUGUUUAGUUUAGAAUUUGACCAAACUUUCAAAACAAAUUUUAAAAAGCUUCUUUUUUUUCAUUCGAAAUUUUAUAACGCUUUUGCUGCUCAUAAAUCUUCUCAUCGAAAAGAAAUCCACUGCGGUUAGCGAAAAUUUAAUGAAAUAAAUUUACACCAUGCACUGCCACAAAAAUUUAUAAAAGUAAAUGUUCUUUUUUAAAUAUCUAAUGCAUUGAUGAUGGUUAAACAAUUGAGAAAAAAAUUUAGGUGGUUAAUUAAAAAUGCAAAAAGAUAAAGGCAUAUGCAAUUCAUUUGAUGACAAACGAAUUAAAAACCCCGGAUGAAUAAGUUAUAAAUACAAAGAAUUGACAAUAUGUACAUAAAUAACAAAUAACAUUUUUCUUGUAUGCUGAACCAUUCUAAAUAUUUUGUUUAACAUAAAUUUUGAUAUUACUCACGAAUUAUUAUUGUCCUAAAGAUAAUUACAGCAACAUACGAGCAAGUCUCUUCUUAUAGACAUUUUUAAUCAGUCUCUUAUUUAAUAUUUCUUAUAGAAUCUUGAUGCAAUUCUUAUUUGGAAAGGUAUGUUGUUGAGCUAUGAUUUUUAAUGAAUUAUUUUUGUCGACAUCAGAUUGUUAUUUAAUUUUUAAGCAUUAAAAUUCAUACAUAGGCAGAUUCAUACUUGAUAAGUAUCUGUGUAGAAUUAAAAACCAUGAUGACGAUAAAAUCUAUAACGAUAUAAAGAAAUCAAGUAAAAAUUCUGUUAAGUUGAACGUGUUAAGUUUACAUGAAUUUCGUUUCAAAAUCAUGUCGUUUGAUGGUCACAAAAUUUUUUCCGUAAAUAAUAAAAACUAAAAUGAGAAAAAUGAAAAAAAAAAUUAAAUCACUUAUUUGCCUUUAAAAAAUUAUGUAUGAUCAAUAACCAAUUAUGAUCAAUAGCAAUACAAAAAUAAUAAUAAAAAUAAUUAUUAAAUAUUCAUGAACGUUUGCUUAAGUUGAAAAAAAGUUCUGUUGAAAUUUUUAUUAUCCUUUCAUUCAUGAAACGCUUAGAACAACAGAAAAAUUCAAUAUUGAAUUGGACUAGAAGCACAUGCAUAAAAGUCCUGUGAAAUACAUCUACUUAUUGAUUGUGUAGUUAAGAAAAGCUAAAUUAAUCAUGAUAUAAACAAAGAUAAAUUUUUCGAAGAAAAAGCUUUUGAGGGAGCUUUUUUAUCAUAAAUUCUCUAUAUGUUAAGACAAAUUAAAAAUUUAAUGAAAUGCUCCCUUAAUUAUAGUUUUUUUUCUUUUGAGUUCUGUUUAUUUCUUUUCAUUUCACACAAAAUUAUCUUUGAAGUAAAUUAUUAAUUUUCUUGAUCUUAUAGAAAAAAUUCUGAUGAGAAUUAACAACAUUAAAAUGUUUAUAAAGAAAACUAUAAAAUAAAAUCAAGGUUUCUUUAAGCAAAUGUAAAUUGUAGAAAAAUAAAACACUUCUGUUCAAUUGCAAUAGGUAAAAGAUCAGAAUAGAAUUUAUUAAAGCAAAGAAUAAACUCUUGAAACCAUCAAUUAGGGAUAUAGUUUUUGAUUACAAUGAAAAUGUAAGUUUGUCACAAAUUAAUUGUUAAACAAAGAAAUUAAAGGAAAACAUAUUUUUUAAAAACCAAAGUCAUAAAUCUUGCUGCCAUUAAAGAUAAAGAAAAUAUCUAUGAGAGUUAGAAAUUAUGAUAGAAAUGAAACAGUCUUGAUUAAAGUCAGAUUAAUAGGUUAAUUUCUAAUUGAGUUACACGAAUACACAUUUAAAAGCACUCAAAAGAUUUCUUUAAUGAAAACUUCUGUUGUGAAGUUGUAAAGAAAAUAAAAUUAUACAGAAUAAACUAUGAAGGAAUGAAAAGGAAAAAUAUAUUGAAAUUAUUAUUAAAGAGAUAAAGAGAAUAUAAGAAAAGAAUAUCGAACAAAAACUUUUAGAAUAUGAAAUAAAAUCCAAAUUUGUCAGAUUUCACAAUGAACGUGUGUAGGAGGAAGAACUAAACAAAUGAAAAAAACUUUAUGAAGGCAAAAAUAAAAUAAUACCUAAUU